AUGGCACCUUCAAAAUCCUCGUUUCUAGACCGGCUAUCGUCGCCUCGUGGCAGCGCACCCUUGUUGCCAUUCCAUGAGAAACGACGUAGAUCUGAUGAUUACGAUCUGGACAACCUAUCGCCAAGACAAGACGACUCGAUCCUUUCUGAGGAUCCCUACGCUGCAAAGGGAGGACUAUUCUUGCGGUCACCUUCUCCUGCGGACCCCGACCCAUGGAACGAGAGGGCCAGUUCGACCGGCUCAUCGUCUAAGCUCAAGCCCCAUCAUGCUUUCGAUGGGCCACCACCUCCCAUAGCAGCGUCGAUCGUCAUCCCGCAACGUUUGGCGCCCGCAUCGCGCUCACGAGAACGGAGGCCCGGGAAGAGUGCUAUGAAGAGUUCCGGCUCCAGCCGCCUAGGCCUUGGCAGUGUUGUCUUCGAUGCCACGUCUCAAAGGCAGGCGGCCAACCCAGCAGACUCCACGUGGCGCGCCCUGCAGCGACGAGAACAGGCCAUCGGGAAAGAGCUGCAGGACCUCCUCGAUAUGCAAGCCAUGGGUCUCGUGGCUGGGAGCGAGACCGCAACCUCGUCGAACGCCAGCGAUGCGGACGCCUUCAGCGACACGGGCAGCAGCACGCCGACUGCAACGUUUUACUCGACCGUCACCUCGCGGUCGCGCAUGACGGCGUCCCUCGACCACCCAACGCGCGCGACGCCGCGAGGGGACGUCAUUCCCAUCCGUCAGCCCAAGGCGUCGAAGCCCCAGGGUCUGCGUGCUGCCCGGAACGGCCUGCGAAGAUCCAUGACGGCGCUAGCCAAUCUCAAGGCUGAAGAGGAUGCUCAUGUCGAGGCGGCUUUGUCCGAUCGCAAGAAAGCGCUGCCGUUGGCCAAGGAGCUGCGUACCCUAGGCGACCAGCAUCAAGCGCUUGACCAGGAGAUACGCGAGAUGGAAGAGACAUUAGUGGGUAUGCGGAAUCGCCGUCGCUGGCUGGGACGAAAGAUGGACGACGUCAAGAACAGACGUGAGGCUGGCUUAAGCGGCUACCGAGGCGCGAUGAAAGAGGUAGAGGGCGAAGUUUCUUCAUUGAUGCGCCGCCCCCCUAUCGAGCCCCUUGAUCUCGAGGUACUGAUGACCGAUGCGAGCGAGAGAGGGGACGAAGGCAUGACGGGCCUUCCCAGUGGCGAAGAGUUUCUCCAGCUCAUUCCGGAAAGACGCACACCAGCACUAGCCAUGGAGUGGUGGCAGGGGGAGAUUAACAUGUUGGAGGCCCGCAAGAACCAGAUUGACAAGGACCGCGAGGCCCUCGAAUCCGGGCUGGGCUUGUGGAAUGACUGCGCGACCCUUGUUGCUGGCUUUGAGGCGAACUUACGAAAGGCUAUGAAGGGCGAACCGACGGGUAAGGGUAAAGAGAAGGCUGCCUCGCCAGAGGAGGCCCUUCGACAACAUGUUGCCGGGAUGGCAGGGGUCAUUGAACAACUCCAGGAGUAUGUGGGCAUUGCGGUGGCCAACAAUUGGAAUUUGCUCAUAUGCGCCGUCGGUGCCGAGCUGGAGGCCUUUGAAGAAGCCGAGAGGAUGCUCCGGAAUACUCUCGAGUCAUCAGACGAGCCUACCCCAGCACCGGACAAGUUGCUCGUUGAGGACAACACGGAAAAGCAAGGACCAGCGCAUGGAGAAGCAGGAAGAAACGAUAGAUCGAAUCACGAGGCCGAUGAGAGUGACAACGACGUCCCGUUGGACUUGUUGGUCACGGGACGUGAGGAGCAAAACCAUCAGGAGGGGAAGCGCACGAGUGGGAAGGAUCAUCACCAUGAAGAAGAUGAAAGUGACAGUGGUGUUCCGCCUCCUGAAUUUUUGGCAGAGCACGACCCUGAGGACGGAGAUUUUCAUACUACAAGCAGAUGA